AUGGCUAUUUCCUCUCUUUGUAAUCGUUUGUUUUUCUCUUUCUGCUUUUCACUUUUCACCUUCUUUCUUUCUUUCUUUCUUUCUUUCUUUAUGUUCUCUUUUAUUCACAAAUGCUACUUUAUGGCAUACUUUCUUUGUUUCAUUUUUAUUCCAAAAUUUUACGUGGUCUUUCUUUUUAUUCAUAGAUGUUACUUGUGGCGUUCUAUCUAUCUAUCUAUCUAUCUAUCUAUCUAUCUAUCUAUCUAUCUAUCUAUCUAUCUAUUCCUGGGCUGCUGUAAUGAUCUCCAUAUCGCCAUUGUCAUUCAUCAUCGCAUCUAUCUAUCUAUCUAUCUAAAUAACUCUUUCAUUGCUACUAUCUAUCUAUCUAUCUAUGAUCCUUUUUUCUACUGGGCCAUGUGUCCUUUUAUCCACUGGGCCAUCUGGCCUUUUAUCUACUGCGCAAUCUGGCCUUUUAUCUACUGGGCCAUGUGUCCUUUUAUCUACUGGGCCAUCUGGCCUUUAAUCCACUGGGCCAUGUGGCCUUUUAUCUACUGGGCCAUGUGUCCUUUUAUAUACUGGGCCAUGUUUCCUUUUAUCUACUGGGCCAUGUGUCCUUUUAUCUACUGGGCCAUCUGGCCUUUUAUCUACUGGACCAUGUGUCCUUUUAUCCACAGCGCCAUGUGUCAUUUUAUCUACUGGGCCAUGUGUCCUUUUAUCCACUGGGCCAUGUGUCCUUUUAUCUACUGUGCCAUUUGGCCUUUUAUCUACUGGGCCAUGUGUCCUUUUAUCUACUGGGCCAUGUGCCCUUUUAUCCACUGGGCCAUGUGUACUUUCAUCUACUGGGCCAUGUGUCAUUUUAUCUACUGGGCCAUGUGUCCUUUUAUCUACUGGACCAUGCGGCUUUUUAUCUACUGUGUCCUCUGGCCUUUUAUCUACUGGGCCAUGUGUUCUUUUAUCCACAGGGCCAUCUGGCCUUUUAUCUACUGGGCCAUCUGGCCUUUUAUCUACUGGGCCAUCUGGCCUUUUAUCCACUGGGCCAUGUGGCCUUCUAUCUACUGUGCCAUUAGGCCUUUUAUCUACUGGACCAUGUGUCAUUUUAUCCACUGCGCCAUGUGUCCUUUUAUCUACAUGGCCAUGUGUCCUUUUAUCCACUGGGCUAUGUGUACUUUUAUCCACUGGGCCAUGUGUCCUUUUAUCUACUGGGCCAUGUGUCCUUUUAUCCACUGGGCCAUGUGUACUUUCAUCUACUGGGCCAUGUAUCCUUUUAUCUACUGGACCAUGUGGCCUUUUAUCCACUGUGUCAUCUGGCCUUUUAUCUACUGGGCCAUGUGUUCUUUUAUCCACUGGGCCAUCUGGCCUUUUAACUACUGCGCCAUCUGGCCUUUUAUCUACUGGGCCAUGUGUCCUUUUAUCUACUGGGCCAUCUGGCCUUUUUAUUCACUGGGCCAUGUGUCCUUUUAUCUACUGGACCAUGUGUCCUUUUAUCUACUGGGCCAUGUGUCCUUUUAUAUACUGCGCAAUGUGUCCUUUUAUCUACUGGGCCAUGUUUCCUUUUAUCUACUGGUCUAUCUGGCCUUUUAUCUACUGGACCAUGUAUCCUUUUAUCCACUGCGCCAUGUGUCCUUUUAUCUACUGGUCCAUGUGUCCUUUUAUCUACUGGACCAUGUGUCCUUUUAUCCACUGGGCCAUGUGUCCUUUUAUCUACUGGGUCAUGUGUCCUUUUAUCCACUGGGCCAUCUGGCCUUUUAUCUACUGGGCCAUGUUUCCUUUUAUCUACUGGGCCAUGUGUCCUUUUAUCUACUGGGCCAUGUGUCCUUUUAUCCACUGGGCCAUGUGUCCUUUUAUCUACUGGGUCAUGUGUCCUUUUAUCCACUGGGCCAUCUGGCCUUUUAUCUACUGGGCCAUGUUUGCUUUUAUCUACUGGGCCAUGUGGCCUUUUAUCUACUGGGCUAUGUGUCCUUUUAUCUACUGGGCCAUGUGGCCUUUCAUCCACUGGGUCAUCUGGCCUUUUAUCUACUGGGCCAAGUGUCCUUUUAUCCACUGGGCCAUCUGGCCUUUUAUCUACUGGGUCAUGUGUCCUUUUAUCUACUGGACCAUGUGUCUUUUUAUCCACUGCGCCAUGUGUCCUUUUAUCCACUGGGCAAUGUGUCCUUUUAUCCACUGGGCCAUUUGUCCUUUCAUCUACUGGGCCAUGUGUCCUUUUAUCCACUGGGCCAUGUGUCCUUUUAUCUACUGGGCCAUGUGUCCUUUUAUCCACUGGGCCAUCUGGCCUUUUAUCUACUGGGCCAUGUGUCCUUUUAUCUGCUGGGCCAUGUUUCCUUUUAUCUACUGGGCCAUCUGGCCUUUUAUCUACUGGGCCAUGUGUCCUUUUAUCUACUGGGCUAUGUUUCCUUUUAUCUACUGGGCCAUGUGUCUAAGGAUAAACGCAUUGGACACAUCGCUCAGUGGAUCAAAGCAUUGGAUACAUGGGCCAAUAAAAGCGUUGAGCCCAGAGACAGCAGUUAUAUUCUAAACAAGUCUUUCUCUCACGCUCUCUUUCUCUCUCUCCCUCCCUCUCACCCCCCUCUCUCUCCCCUCCCCUCUCACAUCAUCCCCUCUCUCUCCCCCUAUCUCCCCCCUCCCCUCACCUCUCUUCCUCCCCUCCCUCUCAUACAAUACUUUGAUUAUGAUAGUUUUGUUUAUAAAUUCUUUCCUUCGCGCUCUUAUUUUCUUUAUUUAUUUCCUUUUUUAGAUGAGACUAUAGCUUGUCUUUUUUUCUUUUCUCUUUUUUUUAAUAUAUCUUGUACCUUUCUUUUUUCCUUUCGGGAGACUAUAUCUUGUGUCUUUCUUUCUUUUUUUCUUUUUAGGAGACACUAUCUUCAGUCUUUCUUUCUUGUUUGCUUUUCUUAUUUUCUUCUUCCUUUUUUUUCGUGGGAAAAGAGAUUGUUUGUAAGUAAAUAUCAAAAAUUGUAA